CAUUGUGUCUGUGUGGAGGCGUCGGGAGGGUCUAGGUCCGUUCGCGGUGCCCUUCGGCCAGCCUGAGCCCUAGAGUCAGCUCCCUUUUCUCUCCCAGCACCCCCAGGCCGCUCCCGGGGCUCACGGAAUAGUAGAGAAGCAGGUGUAAAACCUCUAGCCAGAAAGGCCAGCACAGACUCCAUUUGGAUCACGCCCAUUCCCUGAGCCUGAAAGAUGACUGCUGAGUCAAGGGAAGCCACAGGCCUGUCCCCCCAGGCUGCACAGGAGAAGGACGGCAUCGUAAUAGUGAAGGUAGAAGAGGAGGAUGAGGAAGACCACAUGUGGGGGCAGGAUUCCAGCCUGCAGGAGACGCCGCCUCCUGACCCAGAGAUAUUCCGCCAGCGUUUCAGGCGCUUCUGUUACCAGAACACUUUUGGGCCUCGAGAGGCACUGAGUCGACUAAAGGAACUUUGUCAUCAGUGGCUAAGACCAGAAAUAAACACCAAGGAGCAGAUCCUGGAGCUGCUGGUGCUGGAGCAGUUCCUUUCCAUUCUGCCCAAGGAGCUCCAAGUCUGGCUACAGGAGUACCGGCCCGAUAGCGGAGAGGAGGCUGUGACCCUCCUGGAAGACUUGGAGCUUGAUCUGUCAGGACAGCAGGUCCCAGGUCAAGUUCAUGGGCCUGAGAUGCUCGCCAGGGGGAUGGUACCUCUGGAUCCAGUUCAGGAGUCUUCAAGCUUUGACCUCCAUCACGAGGCCACCCAGUCACAUUUCAAGCGUUCAUCUCGGAAACCCCGCCUCUUGCAGUCCCGAGCUGUCCCUGCCACCCACGUUCCUGCCCCUCCUCAUGAGGGGAGUCCCAGAGACCAGGCGAUGGCAUCUGCCCUACUGACUGCAGAUUCCCAGGCAAUGGUGAAGAUCGAGGACAUGGCCGUGUCCCUCAUCCUGGAGGAAUGGGGAUGUCAGAACCUGGCUCGGAGGAAUCUCAAUAGGGACAGCAGGCAGGAGAAUUAUGGGAACGUGUUUUCCCAGGGUCGUGAAAACAGGAGUGAGAACAAGGAGUCAACCUCAAAGGCUGAAGAUACAGAGGACACAGGGUCCCAUGGGGAGACGACAGGAAGAUUCCAGAAGGAUUUGGGAGAGAAACGUGAACAGCCAGGCAGAGUAGUAGAAAGGCCACAGAGAAACCCUGAAGAGAAAACUGGAAAAGAGAAGAGAGAGUCAGGGCCAGCUACAGCCAAGGAGAAAAAACCUACCACAGGAGAGAGAGCUCCAAGGGAGAAGGGCAAAGGGUUGGGAAGAAGCUUCAGUCUGAGUUCAAACUUUAUUAAUACCCCUGAGGAGGUUCCAACAGGAGCAAAGUCUCACAGAUGUGAUGAAUGUGGAAAAUGCUUCACAAGAAGCUCAAGCCUUAUCCGCCAUAAAAUAAUCCACACUGGAGAAAAGCCCUAUGAAUGUAAUGAGUGUGGGAAGGCCUUUAGUCUCAACUCAAACCUUGUCCUGCAUCAGCGAAUCCACACAGGUGAGAAGCCUCAUGAAUGUAACGAGUGUGGCAAAGCCUUCAGUCACAGCUCGAAUCUCAUCCUGCACCAGCGCAUCCACUCUGGAGAGAAGCCCUAUGAAUGUAACGAGUGUGGGAAGGCCUUCAGUCAGAGCUCAGACCUCACCAAGCAUCAGAGAAUCCACACAGGGGAGAAACCCUAUGAAUGUAGCGAAUGUGGAAAAGCUUUCAACCGAAACUCAUACCUUAUUUUGCAUCGGAGGAUUCACACUCGAGAAAAACCUUACAAGUGCACUAAGUGUGGCAAGGCCUUCACCCGGAGCUCAACCCUCACACUGCAUCACAGAAUCCAUGCCAGAGAGCGAGCCUCAGAAUACAGUCCCACCUCCCUGGAUGCAUUCGGAGCAUUCCUGAAAGUCUGUGUGAUGACCAAAGUCGUGGGCAUGGCUACAGUUCUGGGCCCCAGGCCACCUCAGCAGCAGCUGGGUCCUGUGAUUCUGAAAGUCAAGGAGGAGGAGGAGAAAGGGAAGUGCCUUCCUAGCCUGGAGAUAUUCCGCCAGCGCUUUAGGCAGUUUGGGUACCAUGACACCCCGGGGCCCCGGGAGGCCCUGAGCCAGCUCCGGGUGCUCUGCUGUGAGUGGCUGCGGCCGGAGCUGCACACCAAGGAGCAGAUCCUGGAGCUGCUGGUGCUGGAGCAGUUCCUGACCAUCCUGCCCCCGGAGCUCCAAGCCUGGGUGCAGGAGCACUGCCCCGAGAGCGCUGAAGAAGCGGUCACCCUCCUGGAAGAUCUGGAGCAGGAAUUGGAUGAACCAGGACUCCAGGUCUCAACUCCUCCAAAAGAACAGAAACAAGUGUGGGAGAUGUCAUCAUCAGGAGUAGCAAAAGAGUCCCCCAGCAGUGUGCAGUCUCUGGAGGCCAGUCCUAGGUAUGAAUCUUGGGGGCCCCUGUACAUCCAAGAGACCGGUGAGGAAGAGGAUUUCACUCGAGAUCCAAGAAAAAGUCGAGAUUAUAAAUCGAAUCCCCAAAAUGAGGAAUCAGCCGAUGAGCAGAACAGUCCUAAAGAAGAGUCUGGCGCAGAUGGACUCGAGAGGGAUAUCAUUCCUGUGAUUAUUGCCAAUAAGUGUGAGGCCAGGUCAGACAGGCAGUGGGUAAACCUUGAAAAGCAGAGAGGAGUAAAAACUGCUCUUCCAGAGACAGGUUCCAAGAAAAAGGCAGACUCAGUUCCUACUAAAGCAACCCCAGGAGAGAGACGUUACAUAUGUGCUGAGUGUGGAAAAGCCUUUAGUAAUAGUUCAAAUCUUACCAAACACCGGCGAAUACACACUGGGGAGAAACCUUACGUGUGCACCAAGUGUGGGAAGGCUUUCAGCCAUAGCUCCAACCUCACCCUUCAUUACAGAACCCACUUGGUGGACAGGCCCUAUGACUGUAAGUGUGGGAAAGCCUUUGGGCAGAGCUCAGACCUCCUUAAACAUCAGAAAAUGCACACAGAAGAGGCGCCGUACCAAUGUAAAGAUUGUGGGAAGGCUUUCAGUGGCAAAGGUAGCCUCAUUCGACACUAUCGCAUCCACACUGGGGAGAAGCCCUAUCAGUGUAACGAGUGUGGGAAGAGCUUUAGUCAGCAUGCAGGUCUCAGUUCACAUCAGCGCCUCCACACUGGAGAGAAGCCCUAUAAAUGUAAGGAAUGCGGGAAAGCCUUCAACCACAGCUCAAAUUUUAAUAAACAUCAUAGAAUCCAUACUGGGGAGAAGCCCUAUUGGUGUAGUCAUUGUGGAAAAACCUUUUGUAGCAAGUCAAAUCUUUCUAAGCAUCAGAGAGUGCAUACUGGAGAGGGAGAAGUUCUGUAAUUGUCGAAAAUGCCCUUUGGCUGUUGUUUUUGUUUUUGUAAACAUUAGAAUGUGAAUGUUAGGGAGAAGUCCUGUAAUGCAAUAACAGCUGAUAGAUUUUGCUACACUCAGCAUCAAAGGCCACCCAUGGAGUGAGCUCCUGGGGUAGGUAGGCAGGAGGUCCACACAGAGCAGCAGUGGGUCACCUCCCAGGGCAGAGUCCCCUCCUAUACUGCAGGACCCCCAUGAGCGGUGCCAGCAUUGCCUUCUGCAUAGUUAAAUUGAUGUGUAUCCAGUAUAAUAAAGGAAGAAACAUUAAAACUUGUUUAGCUGUUGUAUUCUAGAAUUGUAAUUUGUAAAGAACUGAGCCAUACUGAAUAGAAUUUAAUAAAAUUCAGAAUAAACAGACAUGUCAUGCCUCA